UUUUAAUAAUCAUAUUUUCACUAUUUCAUUUGUUGACCUAUAAUUGAGGUUAAAUGGCUGAAUUGCAGAAUUUCGGAAUGGACUACACUACAUUGAAUUGGUACACUAUUUUUAUUUUGAGUCUGUUAGCCGGAAUGCUGCUUAUCAAUAUCCUGAGACGUAUGAGCGUAUUUCCUGAGCAGGAUGAGCGUAUUUCCGGAAUUCUUCGUCAUUCUUUGACCUUGAUUCUCGCCCUAUUAGAUAUUUUUUCGUUCAUUUUUUUUCACGUGGAUACGGCAUUUUGCAUCUAUGAUGCAAUGUACGGUGAUCGUCGUUUGGUUCGAGAUCAAGACCAAAUUCAAGACGUCGCUUUAGAAGAACCGAACAACAGAGAUGAAUCAUCGUCAGAGGACGAUGACAGUUCCUUGGAGCCUCGGCCGUUUUACUCUGGAAACACGAGAUGCUUGUAGCUAAUUGAAAUUCUACAAGAACAUAGAAAGAUUUUAU